AUGGCAGCUCUGGUCAAUCUCGACGACGACGAUGCCCUGGCGCCGACCCUGCAGUCCAUCCUCGACCAGCGGUCGCUGCGCUGGAUCUUUGUCGGCGGCAAGGGCGGUGUCGGCAAGACGACCACGUCGUGCUCGCUGGCCAUUCAGCUGGCCAAAGUCCGCCGCAGCGUGCUGCUGAUCUCGACGGACCCCGCGCACAACUUGUCGGACGCGUUCUCGCAAAAGUUUGGCAAGGAUGCCCGCCUGAUCGAUGGCUUCACCAACCUGAGCGCCAUGGAGAUUGACCCCAGCGCCGGGUUGCAGGACAUGAUGGCCGGCAUGUCGGAAGGCGACAACAACGCUGCUGCCGGUGCCAACGGUGGCAUGAACAGCAUGGUGCAGGAGCUGGCCUUUUCGAUACCUGGAAUCGAUGAGGCCAUGUCCUUUGCCGAGGUGCUGAAGCAAGUCAAGUCCCUCUCGUACGAGACGAUUGUGUUUGACACGGCGCCGACGGGUCACACGCUGCGUUUCCUCCAGUUCCCAUCGGUGCUUGAGAAGGCGCUGACCAAACUGAGCCAGCUGUCGGAGCAGUACGGCCCGCUGCUCAGCGGGCUUAUGGGCGGCGGGGCUGGCGCAACGCUGCCCAACGGCCAGAGUCUGACGGGCAUGAUGCAGCAGCUCGAGUCGCUGCGGCAGACGAUUAGCGAGGUCAACGCGCAGUUCAAGGAUGACGCGCUGACGACGUUUGUGUGCGUGUGCAUCCCCGAGUUCCUGUCGCUGUACGAGACGGAGCGCAUGAUCCAGGAGCUGGCGUCCUUUAGCAUCGACACGCACAGCAUCGUCGUCAACCAGCUGCUAUACCCGCGCAAGGGCUCGCAGUGCGAGCAGUGUAACGCGCGCCGGCGCAUGCAGAAGAAGUACCUCGACCAGAUCGAGGAGCUCUACGAUGACUUCAACGUCGUCAAGAUGCCGCUGUUGGUCGAAGAGGUUCGCGGCAAGGAGAAGCUGGAGAAGUUUAGCGAAAUGCUCAUCCACCCAUACGUUCCGCCAGACGUGUUCGACGGGUUGGACGAGAAGGCGGCACAGUGA